UGAAUAAAUGGAGGAAAAAUAAAAUCCCCGGUUUUGUGUAGAGCGGCGGCGGAAGGGUUUAGCAUUUCAGUGCCCUAAAUCUAAGACGGAGCUCCCUUCCUUCAUCCUCGCUCAUUCCACAUAAUUUCUCUCGAUUUACCCAUGGCUUCCUUUGCCGCCAGGGCCAUUUUCCGAUCCUCCUCCGGCAAGACUGCCACUCUUCUGAGCGCCGGAGCCAGAGCUGCUCCGGCUCGUUCACCAUUUCGCAUUGCUUCCAAACGACCUUUCUCCCACUCCUCUUUUAGGAUUCCGAUUGAAAUGAGCUUUUGCGUGGAGUCCAUGCUUCCAUUCCAUUCUGCAACUUCUUCGGCAUUAAUGACUUCGAUGCUUUCUGUUUCUCCCCAUAGUUAUGGUUGGCUUUCAGAAGUGUUCAAUGAUGAUGUGUGAUGACGAAUGGUCAAGGGGCGGGAAGUUUUAUGUGCAGAGUUCUACACUGUGACACUGCAACUGCUAAAUUUUGUGAACUGAUCUGCAGGAAUUUGGUUUCCCAAGUCUUGGCUUUCAUUCUAGUUUGCACGUCUUAGAUUCUGAAUUUGUGUCACUAUGGACUACUAGUAAAGUGUAUAGGAAGAGAUCCCCAAUCAAUAAACAUUUGAGUUUUAUUUGAAUAGAAAGGCUUCAAGAAACUGAAUUCACAAAGUCUUAUUAUGUUGAAUUCCUUAUAGGAUUGUCUUGCAAUAAGAGGAAGGAUUCUUUCUCCAGUUGUAUGGUUACUCUGUCAUUACUUAAGCUAUGAACAUACUUCACAGUUCUGAUGGAUGCUUGUGUUACGACUUCAAAAUUUGUUAGAUUGCUGAAUGUAUGAACUCGAAAAGAUUUAUUAAAUACAAAGAUAUUUGGUGAACUCUAAUCCUAUUUUCUGUCUAUGAAGAGAUCUGUAUUACACAUUGUUAACGCUAUUUAGUAUCUAUUUGGCAGUGUCUGGCUUGCAAACUUCAUGAUAUAUGAUGAUGAUUGGAUAAGGUUUUGACCACCUGGGCAACAUAUUCUAUUCAACCUGACUUGGCGAUCUUAUUCUUUGAAUUCUGUUUCCCCAGCAAAGCACAUGGUUGAGAUUCCUCCUAGAAACAUGAGUAACAGUUUUUGCUAGGAUUGUCUUAUAUUUCUUGUGGUGUUGUGAACAAUGAUAUUAAAAAAAAUAACAGUAUUAGUAGAAAACAAUUUGUUAUCUCGUGGUUAAUUUAUGGUUUUAAUGAUGUUAAAAAGGAAAAGGAAAAGAGUUAAAAGUGGAAUGUGAAUGAAAAUGAAGAUAUUAAGGUUGUGUUUAUUCCUGGUGAAACAUAACCAAUCAAAAGUAUUCUAAAAGAUGUGUCUUA